GCUCUGCCUGACGAAGGAGUGAGAGUGCGGAAAAGAGAGAGAGAGAGAGAGAGAGAGAGCAUUCAGCAGCUGGUCAUGAACUUCAGCAGGAACAAUGACAUCAGAGACCAAGAAUGGGACAACUAUAAUGCCUGAUGUUCUUAAGCUUCUUCUAACAACCACAGAAGCCCUACAGAGGACCGAACCAUCAACUGAAACAGCAGACCCUUUACCAAUAAUCAUAGCCUUGAUAUGCAUCUUCCUGCUCUUGGUGACAUGCGUCAGUUUUGUGACCUUGUGUAAUCCCGCAGGACUCGAUAGCUCCCGCUACGGCCCCUAUGAAUGUAUGCCCUACCACAUCGAGGACGCCAGUGAGCCCCGGUUAAAACUGUGGAAACGUUUAGGUUCCUUGAGACGGUCAAUAAACAGCUUCAGGCGGAAUCGAUCCCUCGUUCAACCUCAACAAAAUUCUACAAGUCAGUGCCAAGCGGACCAGAAUGACUCCGAUCUUGCAGAGUCAACAAAAAUGUAAAGAUCCAGUGACAAUAAAACUUGUGCACAGACUCCUUUAGUGAUAAGAACCAGAGAUUAA